AUGAAAGUUGGUGGACUAGAAAAUCCAACUUACGAGAGUUUGGCCACGAUGGUAAAUGGCCUAGACAACACAUCGUGUACUUAUCAGUUUUUCAAAAGUAUUGUAUCUCCAAUAAUUUACAGCGACAACAAUGAAAUCAUUCCUGCGAUAAUCCAGGGACCACCAGCCCGUCCUCCUGUCACAUCCUUUUUCAAAGACUGUUGCACAUGGUGCUGCUGUAUUUGCUGUUCCAUCAUCCUUUUCCUCUUUUUGACCUCCUUGGGCGCCAAAAGAGAUCUGGGUCGGAUUCAGAUGGAAUAUGAACGAUUUGAAAAUAUUAAUAAUUUCUCAUUGUCACACACUCCACCUGGCGGACCAAAGCCGUCAGAACCUCCAAAACACCCUGAUAGACCCACAAAGACUCCACAAGACAGAAAAAGAAUUACUUGUAUGACUGAACCAUGUGUCAGAGUAGCUGAGACAAUGGUGAGUUCAAUAGAGCGAAAAUCCCUCAUGAAGCCAACCACGUCUCCAUGUACUGAUUUCUACGAGCAUGCUUGCGGAAAUUUUGAAAGUCUUGAAGCUCAAAAAUCGCUAAUCCAUCAAGAAAGGUACUACGAAGAAUCCAUAACGGCGCUCAAAACAGCAGCAGGAUUUAUGGAAAAUCGAAUCGAUGAAAUCGCACUUCCAGCUGAGAUAAAUUUGAGAAAAGUGUAUAUGAAAUGUUUGAGAAGGGAUCAUCGGGAUGUUGAGGAUUUGAUGGAAACGUUGAGAACGGAUUUUUUGUGGCCGUUUGAUGAUAGAAGAGAUUUGACGUGGACCGGAGUUGUGAACCACAUCCUCGGAAAACUGAUCAAGUUGAGCCCAAAAAGCCUCCAAAUCUUCAAAAUCACUGAAGUCGACAAAAAAUUAAUAAUCCGCUCCAGUUUUUGUCACGGACGUCAUAAAGCGAUAGAUCAAACACUUGUGACCAAAUUCUUUACUUCUGUAUCCAAAGACUCAGAAAAUGAAGUUCGGAAAAACCUCGAAAAAAGUUUGAGGAUUGCACUGGAGCUGGAUAAGUUUCGAGAGUAUUGUGUCAGUCGAUUUCUCUGUGUAUCCCGAAUUCCAGAUGUCCUAAUUUUUCAGACUGAACGUGACCCACCAAAAGACCGAAAUCGGGAGUUCGUUGUUGAUUAUGAUAUUUCGAAUAUUAAUUUCGUUGCGAUUAUUGGAUCGAUUCUGGGACCUAACAAGUUGAGCGAUCAGCAAAUUGAGUCUCACAUCAAGUUUGAGGAAUCUCAUGAGUUUUUCGAUGAGAAUAGUCAUUUGAAUAAUCAUCUACACCAUAAUUCGAUAGGGUUUGCACACUAUUUGGUCAUCAAAUAUAUCGAAGAAUUGGGAGCAACUUUCUUAUUGCCGUCGAAGAGGGAUUGUGCAAAAAUCGCGUUCUCCAUGAUGCCACGUACCGCUCUCUCCAUCUACAUCAACCAUUUCGUCCAACCCGAUAACAUCAUAGCGAUCCCGAACUUGAUCGAUUCCAUCCGAUCAGAAUAUAUAGAUCAAAUAUCCAAAUCCAAAAAAUUUGAUAAACCAUUGAAAGCCCAAAUGAUCAAAAAGUUGGAAAAAUUCAAAACGGACAUUGGAUCCCACGGAAUUGGAUUCUCGGAGAACAAUUUGUUGGAGAGGGUCAUAAUCCAUAAUAGGCAAUCUUUUUACAAAGUCAUCACACAAUUUAACACUCAAAAUAUGCAAGAGGCUCUUUUAUCAAUUGCUCACGAUAAGACAAUCAGUGAGAAUACGCAUGCUAGAUCGAUUUUCAAUCAGGAGUUUCCAGUGGAAAAAAUCUACGCUCUUAUGAAAACCCAACCACGAUUCGAUGUCAGCUACCCAUCAGCUGUCCAGUAUGGAAAAGGAGGUCAUGACGUGGCGUCCGAUAUGUCGGUUAUUCUGAAAACGUUGGGAAAAAAUGCCACGAAAAGUUUUGGCAAAUGUCUUCUAGGACAUAGUCAUGAUGCUAACAUUCUUGUGGAUUUCAUGGGCAUGAAAGUGGCAUGGGACAAGUAUCGAAAAUCGAAAAAGCCAGAGGAGUUGCAAUUACCUGAAUUUGAUUAUGCCACCGGCGAUCAACUCUUCUUCUAUUCUAUGAUCCAAUCCACGUGUCAAAAAAAGACUACAAAGAAUACGGUAUCCCAUGGAAAUCGACUCAAUUUCCUUCUUCAACAAAUUGAAGGAUUUGGAGAGGCUUUUAACUGUCCGGCUGGGGCAAAUAUGAUGAAAAAGAAGUUGAAAUGCGAACCGAAUGAUGAUUUGAUGAUGAUUUGA